AUGAAUGUACUCAAGUCGAGCGAAAGGAGCCCGGAGCCAACUUUGAAUCAAGUCUCCAGAUUUAAUUAUGCCGUCGACUUUGUAAACCGUAUCUCUCUGGAUAGAUCCUGCAUUGUCCCAGACUGGACGUCUGUUCUUCAACAAACCCAGGUUAAGCUGAGGGCCGAGACAGGCAUGGGAGGAUAUCCAUGGAUGCAACCUGGGGCGGCAUUUACGGCGAAGAGUUACUUCCUGCACAUGAGAAUCAGCUUGUUUGUGGAGAGAUGGGGUUUAGGGGAAGCAAACCACGGGCGAUAUGACCACAAGCGAAGAAGGGCAAUAUAA